GUGCGCGAACUUUAUAUGUAUGCCACAUUAGAGCUUUAUACACCUGACUUAUCAUGUAUUUGACACCCCAAAUAUUAUUUGAAAAUUACUCAAUUUUAUUCGCGAUCAAAGUCGUAGAUAGAGGAGUGAUAAUGGCGCAAAAUCACACCGUGAGAGAAUGCAAAGUAAUUCUCACGAAAGUUCAUCGCUCAAUAGGCCGAUUAACCGAAGAACUUGAGGACGAAAUCCAUGUGGAAAUUGCGGCUACAUUGCCAUUGAAUAGCAUUGACGCUGCAAAGGACUUGGAGGAGAGGUUGCAAAGUAAAGAGUUUGCAGAAGCAAUUAAAACGUAUUUAUUAAGAUUAAAAGGAAUGACUGGUUCAAUUGACGACGUUUUUCAAAAAAUAAAAAAGCUUUAA